AUGGCAAUUAAAGAAGAAGAGGAAACUCAACAAUACAGUAACAAACGCAGCAUACUCAUUCGGGAAGACCUCGAAUAUUCCGCCCAAAAAAUAUUUACUUAUUCUGCUAUUGGUUUAACCGCCAUUGGCAUUUAUGUCUAUCCAUUAACGGAAAAUUCUGGUUCGGAAUCAUCCCCACCAGAAAGCAACCUUAAUCAGUCUGAAUUAGACCCCGUGGCUAAAUUUCAGCAAAGACAAGCCCGAACGGAACAAUUAAAUAAUUAUGGAAAUCCAACCACUCAAAUUAUCACUUACACCCUAAUUGCUACAGCAGUAGUAGGAAUAUUUGUUUAUCAUUACGUUAAAAGAGCCUUAAAAGGUUUUUAUGAAGAAAAUUUGAAACAAACCAUUGAGACUAAAACUGCUUACUAUGAGAACUUACUAAAAGAAAAUAUUGCUUUUAGUCAGAAUACUCAAAAAAUAGCCAUUGCCUUGGGAACUGCCAAUUCUUCUGAGCAGCAGAGAUUACUUGUUCCCAGAAAGAAAUUGGUGAACCAAAUUAUAAAAACGAAAAGAAAUAAUAUGACCAUCAAUUACAAAUAUAUCGCCUUGGGAAUAUUGGUUAGUUAUCUAGGACUUUAUGUCUAUAAUUUAACCCAAAUGCCCCAGGAAAGCAAAAGUAAGAGAGCCAUGCGGCUCUUAACCGAAUAUAAUGCUCGUCGUUUUGGAGAUAAAUUACAGCAAAAAUUAAAAGAUAAAGAAAAUAUGCUAAACACUAAUUUAAAUAAUUCAAAUCCAACUCCUUUAUUUCAAUAUCCCCAGCAAAAUUACACUUGUGAUAAAUGCGGAGGGGAAUUUCAAAAAACUAUCACCUAUUCUCCCGCUCAAAAUAAGCAGGAAUUAGAUAAACAACCAACUUACUGUUCUAAUUGUGCUGAACCUAAUUUAUUGGUUCCAGUUAAAAUUCAAAGGAGCAAGAAAGUUAAGGCUAAAAGAAAUCCCGUGGCUUAUUAUCAAUGUAUGUCGGCUUGUUGUCAGCAAGGGAUUAGUCCUAAAAGAAUUACUCAAAUAGCCCAUGAAUGUAAACAUAAUAGUGUGGGUCUUUUACAGGAAAGAACUAAUGAAAUUAGGAAAUUAAAUGAGGCUUAUCAGCAAAUUGGGAUUUGCUUGACUAAUUUAUUGCAACCU